AUGAACGGCGAACUCGACUUCAACAUGGCAUCGUCCUCUGAUCCCACAUCCGCGAAUGCUCCAGUCAUGUGGCCUGUGCACAUCGAAGUGCGAGUGUCGCCAACCGCUACCUCGCGAUUUGAUACCAUACGCAACGCAGUGCACACAUUCCUUACCUCCUCUCUAUCAUACAUCUACCUGCCAUCCACGAUCCAAGGCUGGGAAGACGCUCCGCUCCUUGCCUCUUCCGUCGCCUGCAUUUCCGCUUCAGAGUCGUCCUGUCCCUCUCCCUCUAUUCCCAUAGAACAAGCCUCACUCCAAAUACAUGUGUACCAGCCAUCCGACGCCGAUGCGUUCGAGGAGCUCGCAAGCGGGGGCGGUCGAGGCGACGGCGAGGAAAUCAUGGCCGCGAGUGUGUGCGAGCUGCCCAGCCUGGCAUGGGAGGGGCUCUGGGAAAGCUUGAUCUAUUCAGAUGAUAUCAAGUCAAAGUUGCUCGACUAUAUAUAUGCUACCGUGGUCUUCAGUGACGCGGACGUUGACUUCAACGUCGUUUCGUGGAAUCGCGUCGUCUUGUUGCAUGGUCCCCCUGGGACCGGGAAGACGUCACUUUGUCGUGCCCUUGCUCAAAAGCUGUCCAUCAGAUAUGCGCAUUCGCGUUUGCUGGAGAUCAACUCGCAUUCGUUGUUCUCUCGCUGGUUCUCAGAGUCCGGGAAGCUCGUUCAGCGAUUAUUCAGCAGCGUCAUGGAUAUGACUGAAGACGAGGAGACGUUCGUGGUCGUGCUCAUCGAUGAGGUUGAAUCUCUGACUGCGGCUCGAGCAGGAGCUAUGGCAGGGACAGAACCUUCCGAUGCUCUCCGUGUCGUGAAUGCGCUACUCACACAGCUAGAUAAAUUGAAACAUAAAAAGAACGUUCUUGUCAUGGCCACAAGUAACCUUGCUAAAGCUAUUGACUCGGCAUUUGUGGACCGUGCGGACAUCGUGCAAUAUGUCGAUCUUCCUCCCCGAGAAGCUGUUUAUGAGAUUCUCCGGACGUGCCUAGCCGAGCUCAUCAAGAAAGGAAUUGUAUCUGACGUUGACGUGCCAAGCUUGGCACAAGCUCAGUUAUAUGAAAGAACAUCUGGCUUUCCACAAACUGCUUCACUAGCAGCCGCUCUCCCUGUAGCAUCGGUCGGAUCUCGGCCACGUACCCAAAACAGCAUUCUUCCGACUUCUCAGCAGUCUGAGAUACCCCUCGGAGCAGCUAUUUCGCUCGCCGCCGGAGAUGAUUCACGAGAACGUUCAAAGAGAGUCGCAAUGAGAUUACUUGCGCUAUCCGAAAACUGCCGAAUCCAGGGCAUGUCGGGUCGUUCGCUUAGACGUUUGCCAGUGCUUGCCCACGCACGAUAUAUCGGGGUGCUUCCGAUGUUCACUCAGUCGAGACCAUCUCCACAGGCCAACGGCAUCUCGAAGGCAAAGAAGAAAGGAUUGACGACCAAUGGCACAACUGCCGCCACGCAAGUGGAGACAUGGCUGGAUGCUAUGGAUCGCGUUAUCGCGACGCAUGCGACAGAAAGGGACAGGUUGGAUCAGUGA